UCACAUUUUUAUUUAUUUAUUUAUUUAUUUUUCUUUUUAUUAUUUUUAUUUUCCAAGCAUCACUGUCUUCUUCUUCUUCUCGUCCAUGGCGUGCCGCGAGAUCCACAGCUGGACGCUGUGCUCCAUGGUCGGAGCCUACCUCGACCUCGCCUUGGCCUAUCUCCUUCUUUGCGGAUCCUUCAUCGCCUUCCUUGCCGCCAAGUUCCUCUCACUUCUAGGGCUCGACCUCCCCUGCUCCUGCGACGGCUUCUUCGGCCUCCCUCACCCGCCGGCCACCCGUUGCCUUCAAGGCCUCCUCACCCACUGCCCUGCCGACAAGAUCACCUCCGUGCGGAACUCGGUGCUCCGUCGCUUCCCCUUCGAUUCCAUCUUCAACGAUCGCUGUGAGACCACCCCUUGUUGUUUCGAUGUGAAGUUCGUCACGGAUAACAGCAAUAGGUUGCUGGAGACGCACGAGGUCGAGCUUUCCAGAUCGGUCUCUAAUGGAAGGCUGACACUUCCCAGCCCUGGCUUCGAGUCACAGAGCUCGUCGCCUUCACGAUCCGUCCUGCGACGGCGGAGAAGAACCUUUGCUCCCCGAUCAGCUCCCUCGUCCAGACCUAAACUUCUGGACAGCGGAGAGCAGCUGGGUAUCUCCGAGGGUUGUUCAUCGUCUGCGGAUUUCACUACCAGUCCUGAGGAUCAUCUUCUUGGUAAUUGUACUGAUUCUUUAGUGGAAAAAGAUGGUGGUAUUGUUGAUAAGGAUGUGGAUGUAUCUGAGCUUAGUGAAGUAGAAGUGAUUAAGAAGUUGGAGAAAGCACUAGAGGAAGAGCAGAAUGCAUAUGCUGCUCUUUGUCUUGAGUUGGAGAAAGAGAGAAGUGCUGCUGCCAGUUCUGCAGAUGAGGCCAUGGCUAUGAUAGUGAGAUUGCAGGAGGAGAAAGCAGCUAUAGUGAUGGAGGCUCGGCAAUAUCGUAGGAUGAGUGAAGAGAAAUCGGCUUAUGAUGAGGAGGAAAUGGAUAUUCUAAAGGAGAUUAUUGUGAGGAGAGAAAGGGAGAAGCAUGUUUUGGAGGGUGAGCUUGAGGUUUACAGGCAGAUGAUGGUUUCCGAUGAGCGGUUUCAGAGUAAUCUGGUUGGUGAUUGUUUUGAUAUUGUGCUUCCGGUGGAGCAGAAGCAACUGGUUGAUGAAUCUUUUGGCAAGAAGGAGGAGAAUGAUACACCGUGCAUCGACAAGGAUUGGAUGGGUCAUGGGCAUUGGAUUGAUCAAUCUGGUUUGGAGACUGAAUGUUUGGAUGCAAUGCAGGUUCCUACAGGUACUAAACUGAACUUUGGAGAUGAGUGCGAGGCUAUGACACAAAUUUGCACAUAUUCUGUGAAAACACAAGGCUCUGUGUUUGAGGGAAGUUCGUCUAGUAAGGGAAAGUCUGAUGAUCUUGGUUCUGUUGUUCCGGCUGAUGUUUUAUACAAACAGAACGACAGAAAUGCAGACCAUAGUUGCAACGUCUCAACAAAGACUGAGAUUGAAUCAAGUAUCCUCGAUGUUCAUGUCAUUGAUGAUGGAAGGCUGGAGACUGGCCAUGAGAAAAACAGAGAACUUGGUGAUACUGAGAACAUCUUAAGGAAUAAUAGCCCAAGAAUUGAAUCUUCAGGGAGCAGUAAUGCUGAUUGUCCGAAUGUUCACCCAGGUACAAAGUGGAGGGUACCGGAAGGGAUUCAGAGAAGUAGCUCAGAAAGUGAAAUGGUAACCCAAAUGACUGAUUCUCCACCUGACUCAACACCUCACAAAUUAAAGAGUUCAAAGUCUUCAGUUGACAGUGAAAGAAUUAAACUUGAAAUUGAAGUUGAGCUCCUGAGGAAAAGACUAAAAACGGUCCAACAAGGAAGAGAGAAGUUAAGCAUUGAACGUAGAGAAAAGGAGGAUUUCCAGCUGCAACUUCUUGAGGAAAUCUCCAGCCAACUAAGAGAGAUCAGAAAGGCGACAGAACCUGUGAAGGGAGCUCGUCGAGCCUCUUUACCUCCUCAGUUCUCCAAGGCUUGAUUUUUCAAAAUUCAACUGAUUUUCAUUGAGGGAUACAAACUGUUCAUUAUGUUUAUAUACAUGUCAGUUCUUUGUACUCCUCACUGAUCUUCCAAACUCUCUGUACAUGAAACUCGAUGUUGAAUUAGAUUUUCCACUGCAAGUCUUGGUGCUUCUAAACUUCUGGGGGCGCAAUGUGCUUGAUGCA